UUUUUUGUCCACACAGUGGGAGUGUUCCGCCUCAUUCAAGGGGUUUCCUUUCCUUCUCCAGCGCUGCUGUCAUUCACAACCAGAAGAGACACAAAGGCAGAUCACAGGUGAAGGUGUAAAGCUGGUAGCUAAAUGUGUGUUUAUCCCGAGGGAGGCUCGUCUGAUCUGAUGUCUCGCGCAGGUGCAUCAUUCCCCGCAUGAUCAGCUGAGCCUCGCAAAUCAGCAGCACACGGUCUGAGUGUUUGCUGAGUGGACUGAGCCAUAAACAGGCUUCCCAUCUGGAUCUCUGCCAUUGCUCUCUUCCUGCUCUCCGUUCCCUGGAUCCUCAGGCUGAAGAACACCAUCGUCCCCGAUCAGACCUUGAGCCCCGUCCAGAAGCGCCAGAGCCCCUCAGGGCCCACGGGCACAGCGGCACUUUAGGACUGUCUGCGAGUCAUGAGUGAAUUCUGGUUGUGCUUCAACUGCUGUAUCGCCGAGCAGCCACAGCCGAAGAGGCGGAGACGUAUAGAUCGGAGUAUGAUCGGCGAGCCGACUAAUUUUGUCCACACGGCUCACGUAGGCUCUGGAGAUAUCUUCAGUGGCAUGAACUCUGUGAACUCAGUUCAGAACCAGAUGCAGUCUAAAGGAGGCUAUGGAGGAGAGGCCAUGUCUGUUAAUGUACAGAUGCAGCUGGUGGAUACAAAAGCAGGAUAGUUUGUGUCGUUGGAAGGGGGUCCCGUGAUGAGCUUUUUCUGCUCUCUGGUUCCCCUCCAGCAGCUCUCCACGUGCCCCGGCGGCAACUUCUCACCUCAUUCUUACCCAGCAAGCACAUGGACAGAUGUGCAAAGAGGCAGGAUCCCACAGUGCUUCAGUGUUGUUUCAUCGCAUGCCCCUCCAACCUAGAAGUGCAAAGUGUGUCCCUGCUUUCUGUAAACUGUUGCUUUUCAUCACACACACCUGUGGGUCUGGAACCAAUGCGAACAGUCGUUUUGGGUUGGUUCUCUUUUGUUUGCUCAUGAAAAGACUGCUUUUAUUUUUGAUUCAGUGAUCAGCGUGGAGUGGACAACAGUGUUUGUAUGAGAAAGUGGCUGCUCACAGUCAUGCGGUGCCAGUCUGCUCAGUGCAACGGAAGGACAGGAAGUACUUUGUCUUUAAACAUGAGCACAUCAAAUGACAUUUUGAAGGAAAUGUGAUUGUUACUUUGCUAUUUACUUUUUGCAUUUCUUGUUUUUUUCUUCUGUUUUCAUUGUAGUGAUUUUUCAGAUUAGCAUAAUCACUGAUGCUGAAAGGCGUGAGUGGUGUUUCUUCUUCUGCUGUCUG